AACUGGUGUCAUGGAAGCAUAAACACACUAUUACAAGUGUUAUAAAGUAUAAAGCUAGGGCUUAAUUUUUUGUGUUAGAACAGUUUAAGUUAAAAGUUUUACAAGACACUUGAACGAACAUUAUUUCUCGCUGAGAAUUUCUCUGACUUGGACCUUUUAAAAGAAUAUAAUGCCACUUAAAUUGAAUAUAAAGAGAAAAGAAGAUCCUGCAAUUGAACACUGCUCUGAGGGAUCUGCCACAUUAGAAGAAUCUCAGUCUAGAUCAUUAAAAAAGGGUGACAGAGUUCUUGUUGAUGGAAGGGCUAUUCAUUGUGAUAAUUAUAAGCAAUGUCGUGGUGUUGUCCAGUUUGUUGGUUAUGCAGAUGAGCAUUUGAAAAGACCCAGAAUUAAAGUGGGAAUCUGCCUUUAUGACAAUGUAUACUCUACCCACAAUGGUAUCUACAAUGGAAAAAGAUAUUUCUUCUGCCCACGAGGUCACGGUGCCUUGGUAAAUUAUUCAGAUGUUACUCCUUUACAGCCAGUGGAACAAACUCAACCUCUCAGUGGCAACAAGAUGUUCCCAAGUUUUACUGAGGUCAAAAAAAGAAGAUCACUACGAGAAAAAAAAAUUCAAGAAGCAGAGGAAAUGCUUCGUCUUGAGCAUCAUUUAAAAGUAAAAGCUCAAAAGGAAAGAUACUCAAAAUCAGCAGUAAUACCUAGUUCAAAUUUACGACAUACCAGAACAAGUUCUUUAAGACAGAAAAGUGCAGAGGACAAGAUGCAACAACACUUUAAAGAGUCUGCUUUUAUGAACUACCAGGAAUUUGAGAGACAGCAACAAGACAAAAAUAAUGAAGCAUUACAAUUUAAGCAAAUGAAAAAAGUAUUUGGAGGGGAUGAAAAAGCUGAACGAAUGGCAAACACUUUGCUAAAACUGCAGUUAGCAUUUGAAGAAGGGAAAAAAAUUACAUCGAUGGAAUCUAAUGAAAAUGCAGUAAUAAGAAAAGGAAAAUAGUCUUAUAAAAUUUAUUGUGGUUUAACUAAAAUAUUUUAUUUAUACGCUUCAUUAUUCAGGUUCAACUAAAGUGUCCAAAUGUUUACCUUUUUAGCUUGUAUAGAAAUGUAUUUUCUUUUCAAUUACAAAUUUUAAAACCAACCUUUUUGUACAAAAGUCUUGUUGUAGUCUUAAAAUUAAUUUAGUCAUUUGUUCACAAAUGUAUCAUAUUGUGUGCUAGUACUAAUACAAUUUUUAUUUUAACAUGAUUUCUUCUUCUUCUUCGUUCUUAAUUUUUAGUGUUGGGAGGGAUCGAGCCUUAUCUGCCUGAGGGUUUGAACUCGAGACUUUUUUCGAAUUUAUCAACCAUGAGCUUUGCCGACUCGACCAUGCUUCCAUCACAAUUAAGGAUUACGUGUCAACUGGUUAUGCGCCAUUGAGGCCAUUGACUCCGAUUUCAGCCUGCUUUUCUUUUUGGAUUUGCUUCCAUAGCCAUUGUCCAACCAAGAACAAACUACAAGGCAGCAGUUGUUUGAUUUUGGAGUUGUCUCUCCUAGAAGAGUGGCUGUCCCCAGCUAACGAGCCUCAUCUGCCCAAGGGUUCGAACUCGAGACUUUUCGGUUUAGCAACCAUGAGCUUUACCGACUCGACCAUGCCAACCCUAACAUGAUUUAAUUUUUCUGUUUUUUAAAUUAAGACUUAGUUCUUCUAGUUCUUAGUCGAUUCAACUUUAUUUGCUGUAUUUAGAAAAAACAUUAGUAUCAUAUUUAUCUCUUAAAGUAUGGAAAUGUCAGGGUUAUGUGCCUUUCAGAACUUUUUGCUAUGGUGUCAUAAUAAUUUUAUGAUCUAAACUUUUUAUGUUAAUAUGUUGAUGACAAUAGAAAUGUGUUUGCAUAUACCAUUUCCUUUAUAUUGAAAGUGAAAACCUUAUUACAUAUCAGUAUUAAUUAAAGGAAAACUUGUGAUUAAGACGCUUCAGACCAAAGUAAUUUUCAAUGAUUAUUUAUCAAAAUUUAAUUCUUAACACCUAGAAUUGAAACAAUAAAAGAAUUAACAUAAUUUAAUGAUUGUUUCUGUUAACCUCCAUGCCAUGCUGUGGUAUUAUUGUACUAAUUAAAACUAGAACACCAAAUACUGAUUACACAAGAUCAAUUUAUUGUAAUUUAUUUUCACACUAAAAUUGUUACCAAAGAGAUAAAAUAUUGAUCAUCAAACAGAGCAAACUACAUUUUGGCAAGUCAACAGUAAAUCUUUAUUUUCUGACAUUUGAAGUUUAAAUAGAUCUACAUAUUUAAAUAUUAGCAAUUAAUGCCCUUUUACAUUACAACUAAUA